AUGAUUCGAAGACCGACAAUUUAUCGUUCCAAUAAAUCAUUUAAUCAGGGUCCGAAAACAUUAUCGACAAAAGAAUCAACGAGAAUAAUUAAAUUAAAAUUAGGAGAAUCAUCAUCAUCAUCAUCAUCAUCAUCAUCAUCAUCAUCUAUUAAAUUUGUAUCGAAUAAAAUAAUAACGUCAAAGUACACGGCAUGGAAUUUUUUACCAAAAAAUUUAUUCGAACAAUUUAGAAGAAUUGGAAAUUUUUAUUUUUUAUGCAUCGCCAUCAUAUCCCUCGUUAUCGAAAGUCCAAUUUCUCCAGUCACAAGUAUAGCACCAUUGGUUUUUGUAAUAACAGUUACUGGAAUAAAACAAGGUUACGAAGAUUAUCUUAGACAUAAAGCCGAUAGAGAAGUUAACAAUUAUCCAGUUACCGUUAUAAGAAAAGGAAUAUCUCAAGUCAUACCGUCGAAAUCCAUUAAAGUCGGAGAUUUGGUUAAAAUAAUUAAAGAUCGAGACAUACCCUGCGAUCUCGUACUUCUCAUGUCCAGCAAUUCCGAAUCAAAAUGUUUUGUUAUGACUGCUAAUUUAGAUGGAGAAACGGAUUUAAAGACACUUCACUGUCCGAAAUCUUUGAAAAAAAUUAUUAAUAAAGAAACGGAUCUUUUCGGGGAUUUAGAAGCAACGAUUAAAUGUGAAAAUCCAACGGCUAAUUUAUAUAAAUUUCACGGUAGAAUCGAAUACGAUGCCAAAACGUCAAAUUAUUUAAGAGAAUCCAUUAUUAUUCACGAUCGUGGCGAAUCUUUUUUAACGCCGAAUCCCCGCGAAAAUAAUUAUAUUAUCGAUACGAAUAAUUGGGAAAACGACGGAAACGAUUUAGAUAUUGAUGAAAAUAUCGAUGAUUGGACGAUGAACGACCGUUACAAUUUAAAUGAUAAAUCGAAUCACGUGAUUUUAAGAAAAAAUUUCAUCGCUAAAAGAACGGAAUCGUUUCCUAAAUCCGCAAUUAAAACGCAUAAGAAAACAUUAUCGAACGUUGAAAGAAUGAGUUUUAAUUUGGAAAAAAAUGGGAGCCCUUUACUUAAAUUAAAAGAUUUAUCGUACGAGAGAAAAACGUCGCUUUUUUUAAAAAAAGUACCCUCGUCUAUGCAGAUAAAUAAAAAUAGUCGGCGGCCAUCUUUGACGAGCGUCGAUGGAAAUUUAACGGAUCCUCUUUCAUCUGAAAAUUUACUUUUAAGAGGUUCAAAACUUAAAAAUACUGAUUUUAUUUAUGGUUGUGCCGUUUAUACGGGAGGAGACACAAAACUCGCGCUUAAUUCAAAACUCACGAGUAAUAAAUUUUCAACGGUUGAAAAAUCAAUAAAUAAAUAUUUAAUUUUUUAUUUGGGAUUAUUAAUUUUUCUUGUUGUCGUAUCGACCGUACUUAAAAUUCUCAAAGAAACAAAUAACGGUUACGAAAUCAAAAUUCCUUAUAUUGGCAAUGAUGAAAUUAACGAUAUUAAUUUUUCAUCCGUUUUAAAAGAUUUUUUUUCUUUUGUCGCACUUUAUAAUUAUGUCAUACCGAUAUCUCUUUACGUGACUUUGGAAUUACAAAAAUUUUUAGGAACACUUUUUUUCGAAUGGGAUUUAAGAAUAUACAACAGCGAAACCGAUGAAACCGCCAUUUGUAAUACGUCAGAUUUAAACGAAGAUCUAGGACAGAUAGAAUAUCUAUUCACGGAUAAAACGGGUACUUUGACAAAAAAUGAAAUGCAAUUUGAAAAAUGUUCCGUAGAUGGUGUCAAAUACGAAGAAAAAAAUGGAAAAUUAUAUCCUUUGAUUGGAGAACAAGGAAAACCUGAUUUCGAAUCAGGUCCGGUCGACCUUAAAAAUUGUUCGAGAGAAAUGGAAUUGUUUCUUUGUGCAUUGACCCUUUGUCACACCGUACAAACGACAAAUGGCGGUGAAAAUUUUAAUGCAACGAGUCCAGAUGAAAAAGCUUUGGUUGAGGGUAUGAAAAAAUUAGAUAUAAUAUUCGAAGAUGAUGAUAAUGAUAUGAUUGCUGUUAAAAUAUUAGGUCAAAGUAAAAUAUUUAAAAGGUUGGACAUAUUGGAAUUUUCAUCUGAAAGAAAAAGAAUGUCUGUGAUAAUUGAAGAUGAUGAAGGAAAUAUAAUAUUAUAUUGUAAAGGAGCUGAAACUUCUUUGAUUCCUCAAGUUAAAAAAGGACCAAAAAAAAUUACGUUGCAACACGUGGCUGAUUUUGCUACGCAAAGGUUGAGAACCCUCGUCGUAGGUUAUAAAUUUUUAUCACGUGAUCAUUAUGAAAAAAUAUCAAACAGAUUAAUAAACGCUCGUCAAACGUUAUCAGGUGAAAGAGAAUUGAUAGUGGCUGAUACGUACAGAAGAAUAGAAUCGAAUUUAACAGUUUUGGGAGCAACAGGAAUCAAAGAUGAUAUUCAGGAAGAUGUACGAGAAACAUUAACGAGUUUAAAAGAAGCUGGAAUAAAAGUUUGGAUGCUCACUGGUGAUAAAUUGGAAACUGCUGAAAAUAUUUCAUUGGAUUGCGGCCAUUUUCACGAUAAUUUUAUCAGGCUCGUUUUGCGAGAUCAAAAAAGUCCAGAUUCUUGUAAAAAUAUUUUAACGCAAUUUUUAGAAAAAGUAAGGGAAGAUGAUUGUAAAAAAUUUGGUUUGAUUGUCGAUGGUGAAAGUUUAACAACAUCUUUAGCUUAUAACAAAGAUUUAUUUCGUGAUGUAUGCAUUCAUUGCACGGCCGUUAUUUGCUGUAGAAUGUCACCACUACAAAAAAAAGAAGUUGUUAAAUUAAUUAAAGAUCAAAAACAAUCACCUGUAACGGCCGCCAUUGGUGAUGGUGCCAACGAUGUUUCAAUGAUACAAGAAGCACAUAUUGGAAUAGGUAUUAUGGGAAAAGAAGGUCGUCAAGCAGUUCGUUGUUCGGAUUUUGCAUUUUCAAAAUUUAAAUAUCUUAAAAGAACUUUUUUAGUUCACGGACAUUGGUAUUAUUUAAGGGUGGCAACACUGGUACAAUAUUUUUUUUAUAAAAACAUUGCAUUUGUUUUACCACAAUUUUUUUUUAUUUUUUUCUCUGGGUAUUCCGUUAAAACUUUAUACGAUGGAGCAUACCUAAUAGGUUUUAAUACUAUUUUUACAUCUUUUCCAAUAUUAAUUUAUGGUUUAUUUGAACAAAAUUAUAAAGAUGAUGAAUUGGAAAAACUACCAAGUUUAUAUUUGAUACAUAGAAAAAAUGCUUUGAUGUCAUGGAAAAAUUUUGCUUUGUGGUUUUCAUUAGGUAUAUGGCACAGCCUUGUUGUUUUUUUUUUACCAACAUUAUUCUACCUUAAUAAUUCAACAGCUUUUAUUAAGGGAAAAGAUAUUUUUUUAGAAUCUUUUGGUACUUUAAUAUUUCAUUGUAGUGUAACGGUUGUUAAUCUUAAGCUUUUUCUACAUUCAAAGCACUGGUCGAGUGUUUUCAUAAGUUCCAUUGCACUUUCUAUCAUCGGUUUAGUUUUAUUUUCAGUUAUUUAUUCUUUUGUUUUUGUUGAAAAUUUAACUGCCAAUAAUUAUUGGGCUUAUUUAAACCUAUUAGGAUCUCCAAGUACUUGGUUAAUAAUCAUCAUUAUCUGCGCAGUAUCAUUAAUUCCAGAUUUUACCAUAAAUGUUUGGAAAGAUUAUUUUUAUUUAAAAUCUUCUACAUCAAUCAAUUAA